GAGGCGCUAAGACUUUGCAAUAUCUCAUUAGAGAGGAUCUUUAGAAAUGGUUUGCGUACAGAUCCAGUGAUGCCGUUGUUCAAAAUGAGGAGAUUUUAUGAUAAAAUAAGACGCAUGGCGGCAGGAGUCUUGAUGUGGUGGACUAUGGUGAACGUGCUGACCGGAGGCACUAAGGGCGAGUACGAUGUUUGCUACGACGACGUCAACAAGGAGUACCUGGCCUGCAAUCCGAGCAUGUAUGACGUCAUGUCGGAUGCCAUCGCGGACAUCCGAGUGGACCCGUCGACGGCGACCUGCGGGACUCCUCCGAAUUUCUUUCGUCGACUGGCGCCAAGGGUAGGUGGAGAAAUGUAUUUAAUGCUUGUGUUUAUUAUUGUCAAGAUUAAGGAGUCUGAUAUGCCAAAGACUAUUUUAUUCAUUGAGUUGUGUGUGUCGAGUAGGUUCAUUAAGUAUUAGAUAUUAUCAUUUUUUUUAAAAACGAGUGUUAUCAUAAAUGAACAUUUUAAAUUUUUACUUAUACAAACUCAUCAUCAUACUAUCUGAUAAUUAAAAUGCUUUAAAAUUGUUUUAAAAUCUAUCACUUUAAUGUAUGGGGAAUUUACUGUUUAUUUUAAUUCAAAAGCUGCUUAGUGAUAGCUUUUGGUAAAUGCAUAAUAUAGUUUAGGAAAAAAAACACAUAAUCUCUCGUACCCAAAACGUUACCAAAACGAACUACAUAGCAACGGCUACACUACUAAUCUCCACACCCAAAUACGCUCACUAACAACUAUCUAUACCGAAAUCUCUCGUAGCAAAAAGAAAAGAAAAAAAAACCAACCGCCACCAACAUUAACUACACAGCAACAGCUACGCAAUUAAUCUCUACAUCAAAUACGCUCAAUAACAAAUACCCAUAGCGUUGAAUGACGGACACAACCUAUGGCAUUGCAUAGUGUAAUUCUCCCUCAAAUUUUAAUACAUUUUUUUUAAUUAAUGGGAUAAAAAUGUUCAAGAACCCUUUUAAAGAAGACGCAGCUGGAUAAUCUAAAUAUGCAACGCUAUUCCAACUCUCUCUUGUCGGCAGCAAACGUUCCAAACCAACAAACACAGAAAACCUAUCUUAUCGAGUAGGCUACUUGGACAAUGGUAGUCGUUUAUCUAGCUUCAGUAUAGGGCCUACAUAGGAGAAAGUAUCACCAGAGACUGUAUUCAAAUAUAUCGGAAAUUUGCUUUUAGUCAUCUAAAAUUAUUUCAUCCUGUAAAACUCGGUUUAAAAAAAUUCAGUGAUAAAGUCGCAACUUUGAAUAACAUUUUGGAAGACAUUUUGACCUUUAAGAAUGAUCCAGAAGCCUAUGUCUAAAUCUACAUUUUCUUUAUUAAUUAAUAUACAAACGCAACAAUUGUUGAUGUUUAUUAUUUUCAUUUAAAUUUUUAAUGUUCAAUUUUAAAUUUACAACAACAUUGUAUUGCUCUGAGAACAGCUGUUUCUUUGAAUACGAUUAUUGAUUUUUUCUUUUUAACAUAAAGAAAAUUUGAUUUUUUUUCCAGCGGAGCGAAUCGCUCUGUGUUUAAGUCAGAGCGACAUUAUAUUACACUUAAACCUGGUUUAGGAAGUGAAGAGUGGAUAAGGGGGACAACCCCGGGUCUUGUUUUUUUAUUAAAUAUUUUUAUUUUAGAGGUGGCAUUUUUUCGGUUCAUUUUUUAUAUUCUAUAUUCGGCUUUAGCUUGAUGCGUACUCUUAUUAUUUUGUGUGUUUCGUCAGCGAGGGGCGGAAAAUUUAAGCCCCCUCCCCCCCCCACACACACACAAUCGGGCGUAAAAAAUCCUAGCUGUAUAUGUACGCAACUGGCUGAAAUGCAUGCUGUUCAAUCACGUAGAACGUUUAACAACUAAUGGGGAAUACAAGUAUCGAUUUUUGUGUAACAGCUUUAGUUUGAGAAUUCAUAGAAUCUGGUAAUCUUCUUACCUGUACAGGCCAAUUUACGCAUUUUUAAAAGCCCUUUUAGAAAAAAAAAAUGGGGAUGGGGUGGGUGUAGAGUAGAAUGAAAAUACUUAAAUUGUGACGUGUAAAUGUUACAAUACAUUUAAUGUGACACAUUUUUCUUGGAGUUGAUCACCGGAUAUGGUAAUGUCGUGAAGCUUUGAUGGAUAAGGAAAGUAUGUGAAGAGUUGAUGGAUAAGGAAUAAUUGAAAAAUGGGAUGGAGACAAGAAAGACGCGAAGAUUUGAUGGAGACUAGAAAGACAUGACGAUUUGAUGGAGGCAAGAAAGACGUUAAGAUUUGAUGGAGACAAAAAAGACAUGAAGAUUUGAUGGAGACAAAAAAGACAUGAAGAUUUGAUGGAGACAAGAAAGACGUGAAGAUUUGAUGGAGACAAGAAAGACGUGAAGAUUUGAUGGAGACAAGAAAGACGUGAAGAUUUGAUGGAGAUGGGGAAUGGAGCGAAGAUUUGAUGGAGCGUGAAAUGACGUGAAAUUUGAUGCUUAAAGAAAGGAUAUGGGGAUUUUUUUUUUGGAUAAUGGAAGGAAGUGAAGAUUAGCUGGAUCAGGGACGAAUUUGAAAGUUUGACUGGCUUGUUUGUCAUUCUAGACGCGACGUCACCUAAACUUCAGCUCUCUAGUGUAAUGGGAACAGUUGGUCAAACACGUGCCAACAUUUAAGUCUCCCAGACCAGAAACCAAAAUCAUGUUCAUAACUUGCCACUGAGGAUGUAAGAAAAAUUGGCCAGCCGAGUCCGAUAAGUUACAACGUAAGUGACACGCAAUCACAGAGUUGUUAGAUGCGUGGGACAGAUUUUUUUUUUAAAAAAAGGUCUAUACGAGACUCUAGAUCCCAGAGAGCUACGUGGGAAAGAUUAAAUAUAGUGUGGUCUUUACGAGACUCUAGAUCACAGAGUGCUUCAUGUGAAAGAUUAAUAUAUUGUCGUCUAUACGGGACGCUAGAUCACAGAGUUGCUAAGUGGGAAAGGUCAAAUGUAUUGUGAUCUAUACGCGAACUCUAGAUCACAGAGUUGCUAGGUGAAUAGGAAAGGUUAAAUAUAUUUUGGUCUAUCCUCUUGUAAUAUGUCAAUAGCCUAAGAACUUCUUCUUCAUAGUUUAAAUAAGAGUCUUUUGUUCAUUAACUCUUACUAACAAAAAUUUCAUGUGCCGUGAGUCUCCGUGCUAAAUCUAUGCCAUCAAGCUUGUGCUAUGGCAAGUUAGUAAUAUAUAAUAUAUAUAUUUAAGUAGCAUUCAUCAUAGGAGUAGGCAUUCAUCGUCACAGUAGGCAUUGAUCACGGAAGUAGGCAUUCAUCACAGAAGUAGGCCUUUUUUUUUUUUUCUUUUUUUUUUUUUUUUUUUUUUGUUUUUUUUUUUUUUUUUUUUUUUUUUUUUUUUUUUUUGGUUGCUUUUUUUAAGAAUUAAAAAUGUGUUUUGAUAAAUAUGUGAAUAUAUCUCAAACAAAAAUUUCCAGUUCCGCAAAAUCUUACUUUGAAAAAAUUUCAAAUUCCCAAAAAAAAAGACUUUUUGCACAUAAAAAAGUGAGUUUAUAAAAUUUUAAAUUGUAAUAUCGGCAUGUGGAGUGUCGUAAACAUUUCACAAGGACUGAAAUGUGGAGUCUGUCCCUUUAGUAGUUUUUGCCAAUGUUGAUAUGUUCAGUCUGUGCUGAGAUUACAUAGUUGUUGUUUUUUUUUAAAAUCUAAUCUAAAGAAAUGUUUACACUUACACUCUGCAUAGUGCUUCUGAGCUCAACAAGAAAACAAAAUUUGAUAUUAUAACACUACAGUCUACAUAUUUCGAUGUACGCAAGUGGAACGAUCCACAUGUGGCCCGCGAACCGCAGGUUUCCCACCCCUUUCCUCACUUGAUGAGGAAAAAUAUUAUCAUAUUUCUAUAAUAAGCUGUAUCAAUGUUGUGCUCGUCAUGACGUAAUAACGUUGGUUAAAAUAACUAAGAAGAGACGGAUAAAAAAUAGAUUUCGCGCUGCAUAAUAUACUUAAAUUUUACGUAAAAAUUUAAACAUUAAAAAAAUUAGAAAAACACCGCCUCGAAUUUUCCCAAGUUAAAAAAUGUUGAGUACUUCGUAUCUAUUUUCUUAUGUACAUUUAUUUUAUUUUUUUAUAAUUAACUUCAUUGAUUUUUAAAACUUGUCCAUUCCUGGAAUAUAUUUAUGUAUCUACUACUUAAACCGCUUUAGAAAAUUGGCAUUAUUGAAAUCACAAUCAUUAAAGUAGGCUUUUCACUAACAUCGAAAUCACCAAAUGUAAUCCGUGAUAAUAGGUGAAAGGUCUGGAAAAUCGAUGACAUACACCUUAUAAAAUAAUAAAAGUAGUUUUAUAGAGAAAUUAAAACUGUGAGGACGUCAAACAAAAUUAUAUUUUGAACAUCAAUUUGCUUAUUUCAUUCUUGGCUUUUGUAAUGUUCUUGUCGUCAUUUUGAUGUUUCCUUCCCUUGCCGGACCUCCGCAAUGCUGGCAUGUCACAAUAUACGAGUCCGCAUGACCAAACGUGUGGAAAACCGAUGUCAAAUCAUUUGUGUUUCUAAUUAAUUAAAAUUCCAGCCAUCACCCCCCCCCCCUUUUCUUUCCCCACUUUCCUAUUUAAGAACAUCGUUAACAAUAAAAAGUGGCCUUGUUUCUCUUGAAAAACGUUAUUAGGUAUACUAUCUAUAAUUUCUGUUUUUACGUUGUUGUUUUUUCCCCCCGUCUCUCCACCAAACAGGGCUCAGUCAAUGAAACAUGUAACGCCGCGUCAACGACUCUGCGGCAUCCGCCCAAUUUGAUGAUUGAUGACAACGCCACCUCGUGGUGGCAGAGCGUCAACAUGCUGCCGGGUACCGAAGGUAAUUUGAGAACCCUUGUGAUGGGCUCAUUUGUAGUAGACCUGUACCGUUAAAAGAUUUUUUUUUGUUUUUUGUUUUUCGUAGCAGACAUGUACUAUGUCUGAUAAUGAUUGGGUCAUUGUGCUGACAGUAGGCCUACUGUACUACCAUGUAAGAUGUGUGUUGUGUUGAGCUGUCUUGCCGUCAGAGAAGACAUAAAUGGUUUUUGUAUCCAAUGUAGAAACUGUCCUUCUCCCUUUUUCUCUCUUUGUUGUUGUUUUUUUUGUUGUUGUUAUGUGUGUGUGUGUGUGUGUUUCAUCAUAAAUUAUGUCAAAAAUAAAAAUAUUUCCUUUUGUUUUUAAAUAAUUUAAUUUAAUGACAUUAUUUUAUUGUUGUUUUCUUUCUUGUGUUCUUCUUUCUUUUCUUUCUGUGUCUCGUCGUUUGAAAUCUUAUUCUGGCUUACAAAAAACUUACAGACCAUCUUUAACCAUAAAAUGGAUUAUUACUUUACUUUAAUCGCAUUUUCAUCACGUGACACUGUCGUUCGAAUUAUCGUGGCUGUCGCGUCUGCUUCGUUGAGUGAACGAGUGGGUGGGUGAUUUCAGGUCUACUCUUUAGUUUUAUGCCUAAGUAAAGAGUUAAGCAUUGUUAACUAAGAUUUUGUAAACAUUCGAUGUUUAAAAAACGUUUAUAACUUUACUUUUUGUCGAUUAUUUCAAAAUUACAAUUUUGUACUACAAAAUAGAUAGUAACUUUGUUUUUUUUUAAACUUUAAAAAAAAAUGCUUACUAUCCAAGAAGAAUUAAAACGCACUACAAAGUUAACAAAAUAACUUUAAAUUUCUUAAAAAUACAUCCCGCAAAGAAAGUCCGCUUAGAAAUUAUAUAUAGAUGCCCCAGGCUACAUUCAACGGGGAGUACGCGGUCGUCUGCCAGUCUUAUUUGUGCCCGGAAAGCUUUCCCGCACGUAGUGCACGCCUUGUGUUUUGGGUCCAAGUUGGAUUUGAGUCGAUUCGGCUUUUCCUUGCCGUGGUCUUUGCUCGAUCGUGAAAGAUGCGUUUAUUCUCUGAUUAAUGUCUUCCAAGAAUGAGUCGACCUCGCCAACUUGUACGAACUAUGGCAAGUGUUUCCCACGAAUCAAGGUCAAUGUCCAUGGAAUGGAGUGAAUCUUUUAGAUUUCAGACACUCAUUGAAGCGUUCUUUUUUCUGCCUACCAGCUGAGCGUUUCCCACUGGGGAGGUCACCGAACAUAAAUCGUUUGGACAGUCUGCUGUCUGGCAUUCUUGUAAAUGCCCUGCCCACCUGGCUUCCCCCUUGCAACAUGCCCUGCCCAUCUGGCUUGACCUUGCAACACGCCCUGCCCAUCUGACGUGCCCUUGCAACAUGCCCUGCCAAUCUGGCCUGGCCUUUUUGUUGCACCGUGUGGAUGCUGAUAAAGUCUUCCCCAUUGUAAGACCUUUGCAUCGCCUUAUGCCAAAAAGUUUACGUGGACAGCAUAGGUGGAGAUGGUUUAGCUGCCUACCAUGUCUGCUGUACACUGUCCAUGUCUCACUAGCCUUUAAGAGAGAGGUUAAUACGAUUGCCCCAUAUACGUCCAGCCUAGUGACAAGAAUGAGACCCCUUCCUCUCCCAAACACUCUUGCAGAGCCUUCCAAAUGCAAAUUUUGAUUUGUAAAUUCGGUUGUUGAUCUCUUCAUCUAUUGCUACUGAAAUGGAGAGAGUACUGCCCAAAUAUGUGAAUUUCUCCACUGCUUGGAUAUUUUGUCCCUUCACUGAUUUUUACGUUCUUUGUAAACUUUUCUUAAAGAUGGCUGGUGCCCUUCUCUUCUACAACUAUGUUGUCCCACUCUUUUACAGUCAAGGGACCGUGGACAUAUUAUCAUGCAAAGAGGGUAGGGGUGGUUUAUCAUUUUAUUAUUGAGUUUUAUAUUAUGGGUGGGGGUGGUAGAUAGCAAUUUUAUAUAACAAUUCUUUUGUAUUUGCUGUUUUUUAAAUUAAUUAUUUUUUAUCAAAAUUUAUUCUUUUUUUUUAAAUUAAAAAAUUGGCCCAUGAUUAAAAGCUUUUUUUGCUCACAAUAAUUAGCACAUUUUUAGUUUUUAAAAAUCUGCUUUUUGCUCUAGGUCUAAAUGUGUGUGCUUUGACCCGUUUCUUUUAAUGUAUUCGGUUUUAUCAAGAUUUUUAAUUUUUUUUUUUUAAUUUUUUGGUGGUGGUUAGGGGUGAGUUUGAAAGAAAUGUUAAAUAAUAUUAGGGAGUGGUAAAUGGAAAUGUUAUGUAACGUUGUAAGGGUUAUGGGUGUAGAAACUGUCAUAUUUUUGUAUCAUAUAAUAUGUGCACGGUCACUAUGUUUCUCAACUCUACUACCAGCUAUGCUGUCGCACUCUUCUACCAGCUAAGUUGCCACACUCUUCUACCAGCUUUGCUGCCACACUCUUCUACCAGCUAAGUUGCCACACUCUUCUACCAGCUAUGCUGCCACACUCUUCUACCAGCUAAGUUGCCACACUCUUCUACCAGCUAAGUUGCCACAUUCUUCUACCAGCUAUGCUGCCACACUCUUCUACCAGCUAAGUUGCCACACUCUUCUACCAGCUAAGUUGCCACACUCUUCUACCAGCUAAGUGGCCACACUCUUCUACCAGCUAAGUUGCCACACUCUUCUAACAGCUGCUGCUAUUUCAGGCCCGCACCUGGGGGGGGGGGACUAUGGCACUUGUCAGAGGCCCGAGCUAGAUGGGGGCCCACCCUUUUUCGAGUUUUAAAAUUUACGCAAAUGUUUAAAACGCGAUAGGAGCCCUAACUCUGUCAGCUGCCUGGGACCCAGAAUUUCCUAGGUGCGGGUCUGGCUAUGUUGCCCCCCUCUUCUACCUCUUAUGUUGCUGGUACAUGCAUUUCUAAUGCCUAAUUAAUAACAUGAUGGUUAACUGACAAUAAUAAACACAUAUCUUUAAAGUCUUAAAACCACCUUAACUCGGAGCGGAGAUAGAGUUGAAAACAAUUUGUCCGUAUCGUGGCUCUGCAAGAAAUUAUAAAACCUGCUCCAAAUCUUUAGUGAUAGCUUUCUUUCAUAUUGCAAGCGAAUGAGAAAAUUUUAUAAAAUACGCCACUGAAAUGUGUUAAACAACCACGACGUUUUGAUUGAACAACUUAAAUAAUAAUUUCGCAUUCUAAAUUAAACAACCUCUGGAAAAAAAAAAAUUUCACACAUGCUUUUAUACCGCAGAUUUAUUUCACCAACUAUUUCAGAAAAGCAAAAGAAAAUAUUACCCACCAAACGCAUAUGCAAUAAUUUUACGAAUCCCAUUUAGCCUUAGCGCAGUCAUCAGGAAUUUUAAUUCGUGAAAUAAAUCGGUGGCAUUGGCAUCAUAUUACAUUAUUUACAUUCACCAUCCCCUAUUAUUAACGCUUUCACUUUCAUUCAAUAAAAGUAUUUAAUGCGGGCAGUUGUUGUUAAGUUCUUAUAGACUAGUUAGUAAAAAUUAAAACAAAGUACUCCAAAUUAAAUAAUGAAAAAAUCAUUAUAAUUAAUUCCUGAGAGAUCUUUUAUUUUUAAAUAUUGCCGACUAAUCACGCAAGUGGGGACAAUCCAAAAAUGAUGUCGCGCCAGUUUGGUCUAUUUUUGACUCCAUCACACUGUUUCACAAUUCGUCAUAAAUUUUUGACACCCCUUCCCCCUCCCCCCUCCAACCCCAUUCGUCGUUUAAUAAGUGUAAGCCCUGCUUCAUCUAUUUAGACAGUCUAGUCCUACUUUGCUUUGCUAGUGCUAAUAAUAAUGUGUUUUAAAUCCAUCACGUUGAAAAUAAUUUAAUGUUCUUUGUCCUCGCAGCACUGAAUAUCAACAUCACUGUGUCAUUCAAUAAGACAUUCCGUAUGAAUAGCGAUGUAAUUAUUACAUUCAACUCUGGUCGUCCCAAUAAGAUGAUCUUGGAAAAAUCCUCUGAUUUUGGAGCUACUUGGCAGCCUUUACAGUACUAUGCUAAGAACUGUGACGAUUUUCAAGCUCAGCUUGUGCCUGGGGCAGAAAUAACUGCUGAUAAUCCAACUGCAGUCAUAUGCACAAACAUGUAAUUAUGUAUUUAAAAAAAAAAAAGUUUUAGACCUCUCUCUCCCUCAAUUAAUUUAAGAGCGUAGAAGAUAUUACCGGACAUAUUAUAUCUAAAUUUAAAAUCACCACAAACACAUGGCGAAAAUUUAAGAUCCGAAAUUUUCAUUUAUUUUUUUUUUUAAAUCAGUGAGUGAACGGAAUAUUAGAUAGUAAAUUUUAACUUGAGGGCAAGUAUAAAAUAUAUUUAUUAUAAUUUAUCUCCCAUAUUUCAAAGUAAAGAGGACUAAAAUUUGAAUUGAUAUUAAAUAAUUAAUUCACUUCUAAUUUUUGCACAAUGCCACUGUUAAAUAGAUGUAGCCUACUGCUACGUUACGUUAAGAUAAGAUAAGAUAAGAUUAUUUUUUGAUCCAAAUAAAUGCAAAUGUUUUAUUAUAUUGUGCAUAUUUAUUUUCACCACAUAAAUAUAUACACAUUUUUAACAAAGACAGCGGUUAAAAAAUUAUAACAAUUUAAACACUAGCCAUAUAAAGUAGCCUAUUUACCUAGCGUAGAAGUCAGCCAUAAAUAUAAAAUAUAAAUUUGUGAUGUAUUUUUUACUUUUCUUAUGUAUUCCUCAACAUUGCCAUUAUUUAAUCCAAUAUUAUAUUAUCUCCUUAACUUUCAGGUAUACAGAAACAACACCAAGAGCAGUUGCGGGUAGAACUGUCAAGUUGGUUAAUGAAGAUCGCUUUGAUCUGUUCCUUGGACCUCUAAAGAUUGAAUUUGCCAAAUUUUAUGAGGCAUUAGAAUUAAAAUUGUUGGACUUUUUACUUUUCACAGGUGAACAAGAAAGAAAAUUUUAACUUCAGUUUUAAUUAAUCCCCAGCUGUCACCUUCUUAGUUGUAUAUUUUUCAUGCAUUUCGUGCAAGGUGGGGCAUGUAUAAUUUUAAAAGUUUGGGAAGGGGGUUGCGUUGCUGUACCUGUAUAUGUUUUUUUAAGGUAACUUAUUCUUGUAAAACAUAUAAUUUUCACUGAUAUUCUUUUGGUUCUUUCGUCCUCAGAUAUGAGAAUACGUCUAAUACAGCCUCUGACUGAUGGCAAAACAACCUAUGACAUGUACUACUAUGCAAUUUCAGAUAUUCAGGCAGUAGCCAGGUGAGACUAGAACAGUCGAUUUCAGGGAUAGACAAAUAUAAAGCGCUCAUUCACCAUGGCACAUGAAUUUUUUUUUUUUAAAUUGGCAUCAAAAUAUUCAAAUUCAUCUGUAUAAAAUACUUGAAAAAACAUAAAAUCUCAUGAGAAAUAGGGAUGAUUUUCAAAUCAGUCUUUUUUAGAGUUUCCAACCACUGAUCAUAUUCAAAUGAAUGCAUAUCUACAUUAUAUACUCAGUAUGUAUUUUGUUCAGGCAGAUAAUAUUAUUGAAUAAAGAAAUCUUUCUUCAUGAUUCCUGGGGAAGUUAAGAAAUUCUCAAGUUAAAGUUUAUAAUGUUUAUAAAUAAAUGACUUGAAGGCAGAUACUUUUUGUGUCAAUUCAUUUCUAUAAAAGCAUCAAUUAUUCAAUCACAUAAAACUUUAUUCAUCUAGCUAUUAAUUUUAUCUUUUUUUUUUAAUAUGAUUUUAGCCAUCUAACUAUUAAAAUUAUCUGUUGUUUAGAUGUCCAUUCUUUGAUGUGCAAGUCACUACCUCUAAUAAUAAAUUUCAUAGGAUUUACUAUGGAAUUUUUAUGCUUUAAGUUUUGAGUUAAAAUAAAAUUUACAUAAGCUUGCAUCCUACAUGAUGAUUUAAAAUUUUUUUUUUGUGGGAAACCAGAUGUUUCUGCAACCUUCAUGCAGCUGUCUGUAACUAUACAGAUACAGAUAUCAUUUGUGAUUGUGAGCACAACACAAUGGGAAAAAACUGUGAGACUUGUAAGCCUCUGUAUAACGAGAGACUUUGGCAGAAGGGAAGCUACCUUCCAUACCCUAAAGGGCAGGCCAAUCCUUGUAUUAGUAAGUAAUUAACUAAACCAACAUAAUUUUCACGUCCUACUUUUCUUUCAAUAUUAUAGCCCUAAAUGACAAAGAAUUUUUAUUUCAUCUUCCCAUGAACUAGAUCUAAUUUUUUUUUUUUUUAAACAACCCAAUUUAUAUUAGUGAUCUAAAUUUUAUUAAUUAUCCAUAUAUAAGGAACGUUGCCAAUGAUGAAACCAUUUAUUUAUUUAUGUUACCUCUGUAUUGUAAAUUUGUAAUGAGCACAUGCAAUUGUCAAUGGCAUAUGAUAAAAUGUUUUAAGGGUCAAGUUAGGUAUCUAGAUUAUAUAAACAGAAUUAAAUUUACAUUGGUAACUAUGAAAUUACCAUAAAUUGUUAAGACUAAGACAUUAUAAAGCUUUGAGGACCUGGAUCCCAAUGUAUGACAGGACUUGCAAACAAUGUCAACCAUGAUUUAACUGCUGACAUUUUAUCAAAAUCGAACCACUUUAAUGGCCUUUGCAACAAUUUGGUUACAGGUAAUUCAAUGGAAUAAGCUGAAUUUUGUGUAUGGUUUACAAACAAAAUAAUUAUUAAAAUCUGUACCGGUAAUGAUUAAAACUCUUCUCCAAAGUGAAUAAAAUGGUUCCAAUUUAAAUUUUGAUGACUGAUUAUUAUCUUGCAUUUUUUAAUAAUGGAAACAUUUUUUUUCUAUUUCUAUCUAUGGGCCUAAUGCUAUUAUAGGGAAUCUUAACACAUCUUAAGCUAACAAAUACUACGACAUGUUGACAGACCAUCACUCUUUGCUACAUAUCAUAUCAACUAAAUUUUUAUAGUAGAGAAUAGACUAAUGCCAUGACAUAAUAUAUGAACCUGCAAUCAUUAUAAAUACAUGUAGGCUAUAUAUGCAUUAGUUUUUUUAAUAACUAUAUAUUGAUUGAUUGCUUCUGAAGCUCUGAAUUCAAUAAUGAAAUAAGUUUUGUUUUAGAAUAAUUGUUUCAUGAAAAACAUGAAACAAAUUCUUAGUGCCUGGCUGCCAUGUGAUCAUAGUUAUGUGAUAUAUAGGCUGGGUUGUUUCCUAAUCGAUGGUGUGACAGCUGGUUAGAAGUUUUGUCAGCAGUUAAAAAAAAAAAAAAAAGUUAGAAUAGAAUACAUUUAGGCUCUGUGAAUAAAAGUGUGUUUAAAUUAAAAGCUCGCUACUGGGAUAUUGUUUGAAUAAUAAUUUUGAACUGUUAAAUUUUUUCAUGAUCUCUACUCUAAUUUAAGAAAAGAAACAGAGUCUAGCCUAGCACCACCCAAUGUGGGGAAACAAGUAUUGUUUUUGUAAUUAUAAGUUCAUCAAAAAAUUUCUUUAAUGUGCUGUGUUAUAAAAAUAAAAUUAAAAAACAUAUUUAUAGACAGACAUGAACAGAAGCUCACUUAAUAACUUUGAACUUUAUUGGAGGAAAACCAGCAUAGUGAAGACUGAGAUCGUGUCAGUAGGUGGUACCCAGAGAGAAGUAGACAAGAGUGCAGAGCAUAAAGGCAGUCUGCUACAAAAUCGCCUCACAACUAAGACACCAAAAAAUCAAGUUAAUACUCCUUAACACUGUCUUUAUUUCAACCCUGACCAGUACUAGACCUGGGCCCUGAAAAAAACUUUAUAGAAACAACUUUUCACCUAUGAGAUAAGAUGUUUAAUUUGAAGGCUGCAGCAAUCAUGAACCGCAUUCUGAACUAGAAAAUAAAGCUAAUGAUUUGUGCCAUAACAAUCCACAAGGAUAUGGCCCAACAGUAAAUUAAUUGGCUUGGCCACCUGAUGCAUGUCAACCAAUCUGUAUUGCAAGCCUACAAGAGCAGGGACUCUGGAAUCAGAGGAAGACCAUGCCGAUGGUGGAUCAACUGUGCUAAGGACACCCUCAAAUUGAACAUUAAUAUUCAGGGGGUCUUACACCAUGCAACAGAUUGCCAACUUACCUCCCCAAAGGUCCCUCCAGGUAGGAGCGGACAGAACAGAAAGAAGUACUAAGAAGAUUUAUCUAAUAAAUGUUUUACAACAAAAACUCUGGUUUAACCCCGUUACUUUGACUCUUUCAUUUUGCUUUUAAGCGAAUAGACUCCAGUUGUAUGACCAAAAAACUUGAAUACUAUUAUUCACAAUUUUUUUUUUUCAUAUUACAGAAUGUGAAUGUAAUGACCAUGCAGAAAGUUGCACCUAUAAUGCAACAUAUGGGCGUGGAAUCUGUGAUGUUUGCCUACAUAACACAAGGGGGUACCACUGUGAACUGUGCGUGCUCAAGUAUUAUCCAAAUGUGUCACUACCUCUCAAUGAUAUAGACAGGUGUAUAGGUAAGAUGCAUUACAUUUUAACUUAAAGAUGCUGGUAAAUGAGUUCUAAGUCAAGAAAGUUGGUCAAACUACUUGUUUAAAAAAAUCCUUAGAAACUUAACUUUAGGAUCAGAAUGACAGCCAUGAAAGAGAAUUAAAUAAAGGCUUUGAGAUCAAAUUUAUAACUUACCGAAAAGAAAAGUAAAAUAGACAUUAAAAAGGGGUAAAUAAAAUAAUAAUAGUUUAGCAAGUGCAAUACUGUAUUGGAUUUGGAAAGUAGAAAUUUGAUAAAAAAAAGUUUUUAUUAUGGCAGCUGUGACAACAGAAUUUUCACAGCAGUUAAUAACACAGUAAUACAAAGAAGACUUAUGAUAUGGGAUAUCAAAAAUAAAUAAUUUAUGUUCAAUACAUAUUUACUAAUUUACUCAGGAUGAAAAUUAAAUUUAGAAUGGUAAAACUAAUUCCUAGAAUGUUUAAAUAAACCAAAGUAAGCCUUGUAAAAAGAUAUUGACUUUAUUUGAUAAUACUCUAUACAACUAGUAAAUCUUGUGACUUGUGCAAUUAGUCAUAAUUUUAGAUCAUUAAACUGUAACAGCUUUUUGAAGGUUUUCUGAAUAAUCGAGACACUAUUGAUCUUGGAAACAUAAGGUAUUUUAAGUUGUUUUUUAAUAAUAAAAGUUGGCACAAAAAAAAAAUGUUAUCUUAAUUUAUUGAUAAUAUUUUUGUGCAAGACAACGGCAGUUUUUAUUAUCUGUUUUUUUUAUGUGAAAUAAUUUGAGCAGUGUAAUUAGUUAAAUACGAUGAAGCUUGAUAUUAUUAAGAUUAAUUUUUAGUGUAUCUAUAGCUGUGGAGUUUAAAAUGAUCUAAUUCUGAUUUGAAUUUUUAUUUUUAAACUACGGAACAAUUUUUUUGUCAUUAGCUUGCAACUGUGAACUCCUGGGAGUUUUAGAUCAAAACCUUGUUUGUUCCCAAACUGAAAGCGAAUCUACCAAAAUUGGUCAGUGCAUAUGUAAAGCACUUACAACUGGACGAAGGUGUGACCAGUGCAUACCUGGAUACUAUGGACUUUUGACUGGGCCAGUGCCUGGAAAUUGCACAGGUAAUUGAAAUAUACAUUUUUGAUUGUGUGAGGUUGGUUAGAUAAGCAAAUUUAAAAAAAAAAAAAUGCUUUUUUUAAAGGUUGUAAUGUUCUUAUUUUAAUUUAAUUUUUAAAAAUAUUUUCUGUCUGUAGUAAAAAACUAUUCUUCAAUGAUAAACACUUCUGUCUGCUCUUAGAAUGCAAUUGUAACCUUGCUGGCACUGUUGGAGAAAGCAACACAUGUGCUCAAGACACUGGCCAAUGUCCAUGUAAACAAACAACUGAGCACAGGAUGUGUGAUGCAUGUAAAGAUGGAUACUUCUCCUUCCCAACAGGAAACCCUCAGAGGGUAAGAUUAAGGUUUCCUUUUUAUAAAUAAAAAGUGUGUGCCUUUGAAUGAUGCAACAUGUAACAGCUUUUAAAAAUGUAUUCCAAAGUGAAGGGAAAGCAGUGCAGACAAAUAAAAAAAUUGUUUAUGUCCCGCUAGAAGUAAGCUGGCUAGAAUUUAGAUUGCAGUAUGGCUGGUGAUGUCUUCCAUGCCAUACUGCUAUACGGGUCAUGAAGUUUCCCUUGGUCAACAACCAACCACAGUUUUUUGGUCAAGAGAUUUUGAUUUUUAGCACUGUAUUUAUUUUGAUAAAAUUUUUGUUUUUAUAAUUUUAUUUUUUUUCCUUGUAAGUGGGGGAGGGACCUAGGGAAAUGAAGGCUACGGUGACGUGACCACACUUUGGGUGAGACAACUCUUGUCAAAACCUGAACCGUACACUAAACAUUUAUCCUUGCUACUUCAUAAUUAGCUCAUCAAACUGAUUUCAUUUAAGAUAAAUGCUCUUACACAAGCAAAUAUAUGGUCAUACAUAAAUAAGCUUGUGAAUCUGAAUCUAGAAGGGGAAGGCAAUCAUUAUUAAUUUUCAUUUAGCAAAAAAUAAAAUCUGUAUUAUGAAGUUUCUUUUGUAAUGUUCCUUCCUAGGAAUGCUAUUCCUGUAACUGUGAUAAAGGGGGCUCACUCUCAGCAGUAUGUGACAAAGUCAAUGGUUCAUGUCCUUGUAGGACAAAUAUUACCAGCUCAAAAUGUGAUCAAACAAUAGCAGGUAAUUUUUUUUUAAAUUUCAAAAAUAAAAUUAUUAAUCCGAUCAUCGAAGAAUUUAUUUCUUAAAGAUAUCUCUUAAUAUUAUUUUUUUCAUUAUAAAUACCUAUAAAAAUGCAUUUAAAAGUAUAUAUAAAAAUUAAAUAUAUUUUCAAAAUAACGAUGAGUUAGCAUAUACAAAAUUUUAUAAUUUAAAAAAAUAUAUAGAGAUUAAAUUACUUGAACAGAAUUAAUUUUUUUAUUUUAUUAGCUUUGAUAUUGUGAAUUCAUUGCUUUAUCAUCCAUGCCAACCUGUUGCAUCUAAUUCCUGCACAAAGUAUCUCCCAAAAAAACAUUUGAUAGAAAAAAAUAACUGAUUAACUUGCUUUCCGUAGGCUACACUUAUUAAUUUUAUAAUAAUAAUAAUUUCAGGUACAUUUAUACCCGCUGUUGAUGUUCUUACCUAUCAGCCAUUACCUGGCAUUUGUAAUGUGACCAGUGACCUAUACACAGACCAACAACCAUUUGAUGGGACCAAUUUUGCUGUUUGUGAUAUUGGAGCUGGAAGUGCCACAUUACAAUUUGAGAAUGUUCUAGGUGGUAUGAUUCAGAGGGCACUCCAAUGGUGAGUUCUUUCAGCUAAUUAAUAUUGCAUAUUGCUUGUAUGUGGCCUGGUUUAGAUCAAACCUUGAGGUAAGUUGCUGCUUUAAAAAAUACUUUAAUGUUUUAUGUUUAUGUUUUUUUUUAAUUUCUGAAAAAGGCCUAACUCAGUCUUUAAAAGGUUCUGCUUUUAAAGCCAAUCUGUGGAUUGUCCACACCUCUUAAUAAUAUUCAUUUUAUUUCUUAAAAAUUGCUGUUGCUUUAAUAUAAAACAGGGAAUCUAUUUUUUUAAAAUUUAGCUAUCCAUUGUUUGGGACUAAACUCAUGUGUAAAAAGUUGAAUUAUUAGUUCAUUUUAAAUCCUGCUUAAAUGAUUUUAAUUUUUUAUGACAACCUAUCAACUGUUGAAAUACACUGGAAACAAAAAUUUCAUGAUUCUAACCAUUUUUUUUCAAAUCGUUUAAACAAAGUAUGUCCCCAUACUUGUAUACUUUUUAUUUUUACUGAACAAAAUGAUCCUAACUGUUAGACAACAACAAGGUUUAUAAUUUUGACUGCCAGCCAAACUGUUAAAGUUUUCAUUCUUUUAAAGGCCUUACCUUGUGGCAGUGAGGUACUCUACCAAUGUAUCAUACGUCACUGGUACAGUGACAGUCAAUGCUACAGGAAACACAACCCAAGCAUUGUCAGCAUUGAGCAUACGUUUAGGUCAGACUGUGACUGUAGGCUGCCCUGUCAUAGGGCAAUCCAUUCAAGCUGACAUCCAGUUAGUUCCAGGUUAGAGGAUCUUUGCAUCAAGUUGAAAUGUCAUGUACAGGGUGAUCUUAUUGGCCCCCAUGGUUUCAUUUUAAUAAAGCAGGGUUCACUCAUUCAUAUUCAUUGAGAUAUAAGCUGCUUGAUAGAGUCCUUAUUAUACUUAUGCUAAUGUUCAUGUUUCGUUGUUUUUGUUGCUCUAUUCCAAUUAAAAAGAAUUUUUUGACUAGUUUAGUUUAAAAAAUAUUAUUCUUUUCUUUAUAAUAAAGUGCAUAACAUAAAAUAAUUUUUAAAUUAGAUGUGAUGUACUUUUUGUAUAAUUAUUUAAAAGAGAAAUAAAGAUUACAUAGGAAACAUAUUAAUAAAGAUUACAUAGGAAACAUAUUAUUGAGAUUGAUAAAUAUUAUGAAAUAUUAACUAAAAAUUUACUAUAUUUUAACAGGUACUUCAACAGCAGCCAUCUCACGAUUACAGAACUUCACCAUUGAUGCCAGAUGUGAUUACAAGUUACAACUGCACAUGAAUAUUUCCUCACUGUCAACAAGAGAAACAAAUCCAGCUGGUAUGAGAGAUCUUUAGCAUAUAAAUUUUGUUUACAUAUUUUAUUUAGAAUUUAACCAAAUUAUAGUUUUAUAACUAUCAACUUGUUUUUGUAAAUAUGAAUACAAUAAAGGCUCUUUAUUUGGGUGUGAUUUUAUUAAGUAUGAUUUUUCAUUUUAAGUAAUUUAUUUCCAAGAAUAAUUUCUGUUGAGACAUUAAUUUCCAAUAUCUUAUCUUUAACACUUUGCAGGAUCAGUUGUCACAAUCGAUUCAGUGGCUUUACUCCCCACACUCUCAAGUUCAGAUGGUUCUUUAAGCUUUGAAGUCUAUGCCAAAUCAGAUAACCAAACAAAAACUCAGGAAACCUAUCUUUCAUGCCUUCAGCAGCUGUCUUCAUUACAGACACAAAAAGAACCUCUGGCCCAGUCCCCCUGUAAGGAGCUCUUGUAUUCAGUAGGAACUGAGCUGUCCGAUGGGGCUAAAGGUAAGCGCAUGCGUCUUUAAACAUGAGGAACAAAAUAUAAAAUUAGUAAGUAUAUAAACCCACUUCAUAAGCCAGUGUUAAAAAAAGCAUUUGUUUCAAGAACAGUAAAAUUAAAAUAAUUCUUUAUCAUUCAGAAGCCACUUAAUAUAGUAAAAUUAAUUUUAAGGGAAUAAUGAGCAAGAAUUUAUUUUAUAUUUUCUCAUCAUUAUAAGUUAUUUAAAAAAAAUAUAUUUACAUAAAAUCUACUGCAACAUUAUUUCUCAUUCUGAUUUUUAUAUUUGUUCCAGCAUGCAGUUGCAAUGAGAUAAGUACUGUCAGUGGGUCAUUCUGUAAAGCCCUUGGUGGACAAUGUCAAUGUAAGCCAGGUGUUUCAGGGAGGGACUGUGGCAUCUGCACACCUGGCUACUUCAACUUUACAGACAGCGGAUGUGUUCGUAAGUGCUCCUGUAGUUGAACGCAUGAAAACAGGAGAAUGAAAAUAAUAGAGCAGCUUGAAAUGGAUGUAACUAAAAGCACAGAAAACUUAUAUGAUCAAGUUUGAUUAUACUUGCACAUUUUUUAAUAAGAAUCAAAUUUCUUUUGUGUUUUUUUUUUUUAAAUUUUGAAAUUGUAAAAUGUACAAUAAAUUUUUGUAAUAAAAUCAUUUUGAUCAAGCUUCAUUGAGAUACAACAAAUGACUAUGGACUGCAAAAUAACCUCUGGAAAACUGACUUAUUCUACAAAACAAAUGAUCUCUAAAAUAUCAUUAGUGAUUACUUUAUUAUUAUACUCAUAACUGAAUGAAAAACAUUUGAAAAAUUUGUCAACAUUUUACAGAUUACCUGUGAGAAAGUUGAUCUUUUAUGAACAAAAAAAUUGAAUUAUUCCAGUGAAAUUAGUCCUAAAUUAUAUAUUUUUUUUAAAGAUUUGUAAUUCGAUUAAUUUCUGUAUGCUGCUAAUUGUGGGUGCUUGCUAUGGAAUAAUAUUGAUUCUAUUUUGAGCUUCAUUGACUUCAUUAUCAAAAGCUGGGCAGCCUGUUCUCAAAACCACUGUAUCAUAUUUGAGAAAAGAACUUAACAUUUUUUUAAAAGCAAAGAUAUAAAUAUUUUUAGCUUUUGGAAGGAAAUUUCUAUUUUUCAAAACAAUUAUUAAAAGAUAUUGUUUAAAAGGUUACAUAUCUUAUAAAUUUAAUUGUGCGUAAAUUCGUUUUACUUUUUGAAUACAGUAUAAGUUUUAGCAGUUAAUGAAAAUUUUACAAAUACCAAAUGAUACAGUGAGUUUUACUUUUUAUUUUUUUAAAUCGCAGGCUGCCUGGCUUUGCCCUGUGAAACAGAGUUCAUUGUUGCUACAACAACUACUAGUACAUCCACCACCUCCACCACCACUGCAACCACUUCAACAGCUAGUAACACAUCUGCACCAUCAACACUACCUACAACGGAAGCCUCAAACACCACCUCAUCAAAUACCACCGUCGUUGAGAGCCAGGAUGGUGGCCUGUCUGGUGGAUUCAUUGCUCUCAUUGUUAUUUGUAUCGUCAUUGCCAUUGGCCUUCUUAUCUUGAUCAUCUGGUGCAAAUGCCUGAGGAAGAGGAGCAAGAACAAUAAAAAUGUUGCAGAUGGUCUUUACACCAUCACAAGGUUAGGAUUGGGCAACCCCAACAGCCCAGUCUACAGCAACAGCCUGUAUGAUCAACACAGCCGUUGGCUUGGAGGUGGCAGCACGAGCAAUCCCCCUGAACAAAUGACAACAUUCACCAUCUCCGACGUGGAGGCGGGAUCAGACAGUGUGUUUGAGUCUCCCGAUGAUCAAUCCAGCAAGCUCAAUGUGCGCCCCAAAUUUUUCAUUGCUUCUGAUGACAACUCAAGUAGCCUUGACAGGAAAAGAACACCACAGCUUAAUUUGAAACAGUCAUCUCCCCAAUCUUUAAAAUCUUCACCUAAAAACGAGCGCACUUAUUUAGGUUUAAAAGAUUUGAACUCACCUCCUGAACACACUGUUAGUGACAUUAGCUUUGAUGGUAAAUUUAACAGAGAUAUAUAUCCCCACAAGCCCAAGGCGAGAAGUGUUGAAGUGGAAGCAAAUAAUUUUAAAAAUCUGAAAAGCUCUGAUCCAUAUGAUGGAUCAAGGUUGCACCAGUGGAGACCCAUAUCCGAUUUAAGGAUGUCUGCAGUUACACCGGAUAAUGAAAACAGUGAUGACAAUCUAUCAGCAUCAGAUCUUUUUUCAACAUUCAAACCAUUGCUGGCCAAUGAGAAAUCUAAACCAAAACCCAAAAGUUUUAGGCAUUCUUCAAACAAUCCAAGAAAAAAGUCCCCCAAAAAACCCGCCAGGCAAAAAAGGCCUAAUCGAAAAUCCAGUUUUGCUGAUAGGAUUAUUCCCCCUCCACCAAUGUACGGGGGAGAUAAUGCAGGCUUUGUUCCUGACCCGGACUAUGACAGUUAUAGUGACAGCCGUCCAUUCAUUCCCAGGCCAGAUUAUUCAGUUUUUGGUAGUUAUGAAAACCCUGUGUUCAUUCCUGAACCAGACUAUCCAACCUUUGCUGGGUAUGAUUCAUUUGAUGAGAUAAAUGGAUCCUUAGUCUAGCUGUGUUGUUGGGGGUGUUCCAUCUAUGGUUUGCCAUGACUUGAAUACUCAUUUAACAAGAACCAGGAAACUUGUGACAUUUAUAAAAGUUGAUUAUUAAUUUUAAAAAAUGGAGCGCGCUGCUUUAAACAGCCUAAGACUUUGUUGGAUGUUUCGACCUUCAUUCAGGGAGUUACUCUCAGGACCCAUGGAUGACUAAUACCUCCUCAUUAGUGGAUUAGAGUAUUGGAUACAAUAAAAAAAAAUAGAAUCACACAAAUAAUUAAGCCAUAUUGCAAGAUUUCUGGGACCAACUAUUCUAUUAUUGUCCCUAUUAUAUUUGGGAGAAUUAAUCAUCUCACUGACAUGAUCAUAUGACAUGAAAAAAGGUGAAACACAGAGGCUGCUGUAGUGGAAUUGCUGCCUUUAUUUAAAAGAAUACAAAAGGUGAAGGCUUUAGGUGCUGAAGUUAUCUAAUUAAGUCUAUUAUUUAAUGAAAUUUGAAUAGAUUUAUUAUUUAAAAAAUUGUAAUGGGAUGGUAUAUAACUGUCUGGCAUAGUAAUACUGCUGUUAAGUAACAAAAUUUACAAACAAGCCUUAUCUUCUUCUUCUUCUUAUAUUUGAGGGGCCCACGAUCAAUCUGUUGAUCAUUCUGGCUCCUGGUUUUAAUUCAGAGUUUGCCUUCUCUUAGAUGGGUUGCCGUCCAAGGCUAACGAGUCCCAUCCACCCGGGGUGCUUGGGAUGGCUAUGAUGGGGAUUGAACUCCGGACCAACGGAUAUUUGGUUUGAGACAGUUUAGACCGCUCGGCCACCCAGCACCUUAUCAACUGGUCUAAUGAUUUUCAUUAAUAAAUCAUUACGUCAACGUUUUAUUAGUGCUAGAACCAGUUUAAAAUAAUCUCAUAAAUUUCAACAAUUUGAUGAACAGAUUAAGUAUUACUAUUUAUAAAAUAUUUAUAAACUUUUUUAAAUGGGUCAUUCCUGGUAAUGUCAUUAUUUUUUUAAGGCCAAUGUUUAAUUUAGCCUAUACAAAUUUCCAUUAAGAAAUUUCACAUAGAUGAAUCUUGAAUGCAAUUCUACUCAAUGUUUGCAUUGUGGGCAGAAAUUAAGAUUUCUAAACUAUAGUAUAGAACAUGCCUGCACAACUCAAAAUUUAAGGUGGGCCGUAAUACUUUAUGAAAAACUUGUGCAGGCCGAAAUAAAAUAGGACAGGGGGGAAAGUAAUUAAGAGAAUAAUAAUAAUAAAGAAUAUUUCGUUACUUCGCGGGCCGCAAAGUGGGUGCUGGUGGGCCGCAUGUGGCCCGCGGGCUGUAUGUUGUGCAGGCUUGGUAUAGAGGUUACAAUGAAAAAGUUUCAUUUUUAAAACUUACGAAACAGGAAAAAAAUAUUGGAUUUGCAGUUCUUUCUUUCAUCUUUCUAGUCCCUGAGAAGCCUUUGAUUGAACUUUUAAAAAAUAUUUUUUUAUUUUUCCAGCUUGUAAUUGUCAUCAGAAGGGUUCUCAAAAUAGGGCCUGUGAUGUAAAAUCUGGUGCCUGCCUGUGCAGAAAUAAUGUCUUAACACUUGGGGACAAAAACCUUGACAACAGUACAGUCACAGAUGGGACCUGCAGCAGCUGCCGAACAAACUACUAUGGUAUCAACAAUGGCACUGGAUGCUUCAAUUGUGAGUGCAAUGGGCAGGGAUCAACUAGCUUGCAGUGCAAUGAUGCAGGACAGUGUCCAUGCAAAGAUUCAGUCACUGGAAAGAAAUGUGACGUCUGCAAGGAAGGUUACUAUGGGUUCGGAGCGAACGGCUGCAGGUAGAUAUAUUUUCACACGUGUUUUGACAUCAUGUAUGCCAUUGUAAGGUUUACAUAACUUUGAGUGCACAUCUUAAGCAAAUAACUUCAUGCAAUUACAUUUUCGACGCCAGGUAAUAGCAGUUUUACAGUUUUAAGUUUAGAUAAAAUCUGCCCAAGUUGAGACUAUGAAAACCACCUAAAAUUGUGCAUGACCACAACUCUGACUCAAAUGAAAUGGCAUAAAUUGUAAAAGUUACUUUUAAAUCAUCAACAUUGUGCCUAGUAGUUAAAAGCAUGAAUAUCAUUGAAAAGAACUAGAUAGCUAAAAAAGAUACAAUAAUUAAAACACCUAAUGCAACACAUAACCACUGGAUUUGACACUUGUGUAUUGAUGACUAUCAUUUUUUUUUCUAUCUUUGCCUUUGGCCCUUAAGCAUUUUGUUAAAUAUUAUAGAAAUAUCUGAUUAUAAUCAACUCAUAUAUUUAAACGGAUUUUCUUUUACUUUGUUUUGCUAUGUUAUGCCAUUUGAGCUGUGUUAAAAUCAGUCCAAUUAUUUAAAAUCCACUCUCUAGUGCCUGCAAUUGUUCAGUCUCUGGGUCCACCUCUGUGUCCUGCAACAUUAACACUGGAGAGUGUUCCUGUAAGAAUAAUGUAGAAGGGGUCAAAUGUUCUGUGUGUCGGUCAGGUUUUUUUAAUCUUGCUGCCUACAACCCGGAUGGCUGUCAGCCAUGUUUUUGCUACAACCACAGCACCAACUGUAGCUCAGCUUCUGGAUUCCAGUCUAAACUGUGAGUAGGCCUAUAUUACUUAUAUAUUUGGGCUCUAUGUUUCAUCAACUUUUACAUAUUUCCCCUAAAAGAAUUAAAUAUAAUACAUGAAAAUGAAAAGAUUUCUUAACAUUAAUAUCCACUAAAACUAAGCACUAAAACAGCAAACUAUCGAGCCAAAGCUCAUUAAGUCUUUUCCAAUGUACUCCCCAUCCCAACUGGCCUUCAACUUAGGCUGCAUGAUAAGAAUCAUCAGCUGCUAAGACCCACCCUUGCCUCAUAACCAUUAGUGGCAACAUGUAAUCAUAUCCUGACCUGUUUCUGGCAUUAUUUUCAAUGCGCUUGGUAGGUACCAUGCAGCUGUACUCUUUCUAAUGCCGAUUCCAUGCAAGGCCUUUAUCUCUCAUGCACAGGUCCCCUGCAUGGUGAUAUUGUUCUCCCUGAUAGCGUUCUGGGGGUCUGUGGCAAUGCCUUUUGGUCGACAUGCCAUAAGAGUAUGGACAUGCCAACAAGAGUGGGUGGGGGGGGGAGGGGCUGGCUUAAUAUCCACUAAAUUAAUCAAUAUGAUAGAGUUCAAAUAUAUAUUAAACAACAAUAUAAUAUUUUAGCUUUAAUUUGAUUAAUCCUGUUAACUGCAAGUUAAAAUUUCAACAAAAAAAUAAAUGGAGCUGAAAAUAAAAAUUUACUUUAUUUGUAAAACUGUAAUAUGUAUGUAUAGUAGUUGAUGGUGUGAAUUUAAAUAUUACUUCUUAGUAAAUAUAAUUUUUUUAGUUAUAAGCUAUCAAAACCUGACAUGAGUUUCAACUUUUGACAACUCUCUCCGUACUUUCUACAUGCAUCAAUAAAAUGUCAUAUUUGUUACAAGAUUUGUGUGUGUAGUGCUCAUUAUGCUGAUAUAAAUCCACAGAUUACAGGUAACUGAUUCCUCUGGUGACUUCUCUUUGCUUUUUGGUGACCGCCAUACUUCUUAUGGUCAGAUUUUGUCCUUGAGACUUGAAAGUGAAUCUGUCCUUGACCUGAAAGGUUUUAGACUUCUUGUGCUGACUGGAAAUGGUGAGUCCCCCUGAUGAAAAUUUAACUUUUGUACUUUAUUUUUAAAAUGUUAACCUCUGUCACACUGAAAUUGUCUCAAUGAAUAUUUUAGUAACAUCACUGUAAUGCUUGAAUCAUGAAACAUACAAAUUCAAAUUAUCUUUUUUUUAUAGCACUGUAACGUACCGGUACAUUUUAGUUCAAUUGUAUUGUCCUUGAACAUAAACCUAUUUAAUGAGAUAUUUGUAUUAUAUUUCUAAAGAAUUGUACAUAAACUACAGGAUUUUUCUAAUGCUCUUCUCAUAGACUUAUCACCUUUUUAUUAUAAAUAAACAUAAGCAGCAGAUACAACACAAUUUGAUUUAAUAAAAUAUCAAAUCAAAUGAAAAUUAGAAUUGAUGUUCUUGUAAAUGUUAAGGAACAUGUUAUCUAAGGGAGCAAAUCUUCAAUUGGUUAUUAUUAUCCAACAUACCUUAUCGUUACCCUUGAGUUAACACAUAGUUUUUUCUAUUCUUACAGGAAAAAACCUGUUUCAUGAUGCACCAAAUGGUACUUUCAUCAACUCCACCAGAUUAUUAACUUAUGAGGUCCGCUUGCUGGAGCAGAACUGGAUGUUAGACGAUGGUCAGCAGAGUUAUAUUCCUACAGCAAUAGAUGUUAUAGGUAAUCAAUUUUUUUGUAUCCUUGUUUCCGUUGUCUUUUCUCCAGUCAUCAUGCAGUGAGUUCCAAAAAAUUAUUUAUCAUCGGAAUUUCGACUAUGUUUUAAUAGCCUCGAUGAAUACGACUGUUGAGACUAGAAUACACGAGAGUAUAAAGAUGGCGCAUGCCAAGCAUGUUUUCAGAGAUGGCAAGAGGAAGAGAGAUAGAUGUGACUUNUAUAUAUAUAUAUAUAUAUAUAUAUGUAAAUUAAUACAUUAUUAAAAUGUUUAGACUUAAGUUGAGAAGCCAGUAUGUUCAUGUCUUGUCAUUGUUAAAUGAAUCUUUCUUCCAAAAUUUGUUUCUGAAGGUCCCAUAAUAUAUGAAAAGAUUUAUAUUCUGAAUUAAAGUAACUAACAUGGUACCUCAGACUUCAAACUGAAAAUACUAGAGCUAUGUAGAUUUGAAUCAUCAAUGGUUUCCUGUCAUUGCUGGCUCAAGACUAAACAUAUCUUUAAUUAAACUUAUAGUCUUAUCAAAAAAAGGCAUCAUGAAUAAAAAAAAAAGCCAAAGCAUGUGCAAAACUAAACAAAUCUGUUUUAUGUAACACUCUCGAACCUGAUGUUUCUCUUCUGUGAUAGGAAUUUUGGCAAACCUAACCAAAGUAACUCCCAAUACAUGGGCAAAUGGACAACCAGUGAGGGUUACCUAUCUUGCAAUGGUGUCGAAUGAAAAAGCUGGCACAAAGGGUGCAAACCAAUUAACUGAAGUUGCUUUUGUUGAGGAAUGUACUUGUUCAGAAACCACCCAUACUGGAGGUAAUUUCAUCCUCAUCAUGUUUAUUAAGUCAUCCACUAUUUAACAGAGACCACAGAUGCUAAGUUGACAUUUUUUUUACAUAAUUUCGAUUGAGUAUAGGAGCAAGGAUGAUCAAUACAUUUAUGGUGGGCCCUCAAGAUAUAGAAGAAGAAGUCAAGAAAUGACCUGAAACAUUUAUAUUGAGAGUUCCUUAUAUUUUUUAAAAUCAAAGUAAUUAAAUUUAUUUUUUUUCAGUGAUCAUAAAAAUCUACAAAUUCUGUAUUGGAAGUUUUCAAUGCUUCUUUACUUCAAGUAAAUGAAGAAAUAAAAAUACCCAAAAGUUACACAAACAAUAGAUUUAGCUACAAGAAAUUUAAUUUUAUGGAAAUUAAAAAAAUAAUUUUUAGCAUUACCAUUAUACACACCACCUUCUUGAAAGGCUUGAGUGAUUUAACUAUGCAGAAACGUUCUUCUAAUUUUUCUUAUCAUCACUAAAUCCUGCAAUAAACUUUAUUAUUGAGUAAAAAUGAGAUAUUCCUCUACAUGAAUAUUGUAUUACAUUGAACCCUUUUUUUUUUUAGACUUAACAUUAUUCCAUUUAACUCACUGUCAAAUGGUUUAUUUGUGAUAGGUCUGUCAUGCCAAAGUUGUGCAACAGGAUACAAAAGAGAAAACUCAUCCCUAACUUCACCUUACAGCACAUGCAUGGCAUGCAACUGCAGCCGCCGUGGAGCAACAGACCCCCCAGAGUGCAAUGAGCUGUCAGGGGUGUGUCUCAACUGUCGAAAUGGAACAGUGGGCGAACAUUGUGAGAGGUGCGCAGCUCAUGUCGGUGGUGGGGAAUGUGACGUCUGUGAUAACGAGUUCUGGGGCCUUCUGGCGGAUGGAUGCAGGGGUAAGUUUAGGUGGUGAUGUAGUAUUAUGCUGGUAUUAUAAAGUAUAUUCCAUGACCUUCAGACAGAUUGCUCCAGGGCUGAACUGACCUCAAUUGUAAAUAUACUAAACUGUGGUAUUAAAAUUGGCCUGUCUUUAUCAAGAGUUUGUAAGUUUGAUAGGUACAUUUUCAUUCCUGCAUAUCUUAGCCCAGACAAAGAGUAAAGGAGAAUGCUAACUUAACAGAUAGUAGCAGACACAACCCCUUAGCAUCAACCUUGACAAUUCACGUGGAAAGAGAAUAAAACCUUUAAUUUUAGUGUAUAAAACAAUUAUUUUAAAAUAAAUUAUUUUGGACUUUGCCUUCCUAGUUCUGACUAUAUUUAUAUUCAUCAACUCUAUAUGUUACAACUCAGUACUUUCUUAUAUUCUCCAGCAUGCAACUGCUCUGCCCCAGGUUCUAAUUCUCCUGUAUGUAACAAGACCUCUGGCCAGUGUGCGUGUGCUAGUCAUGUGACUGGCAGAACAUGUGAUAAAUGUGAGGAAAAUUUCCAAGGGCUUACCUCAAGUGGAUGUGUUGGUUGGUGAAAACUUAAAUGAUUUUAUUUUUUCAAGUAAAAAGAUGUAAUUGGAAUAAAAUUAAAGAAUGCCACCACAGCUAUUAAAGAUGAGAGAGAAAAAUACGGGGCAACUUCUCAUUAAGUCAAAUAUCUCAGAAACAUGUAUUAUUUUAACCAUAAUUGCAAAAAGUAAGGAUCUGACUUUGACUUUUGCACAUCAUUUUUUCACUUUAAUUAUCUUGUUUCUUACACCAUUUUUUCCAUAUUAAAUAUUUCCCCAUGUUGUCAUCCUCAGAAUGUGACUCCUGUUACUCUCUCCUCGAGACUGCCAUUGUGCCCCUUCGUCAACUGGAGACAGACAUCAACACCAACAUCUCGGCUCUAGAGAGCAAGGAUAUGAACAGCGUCCUUGGACCAUUCAUGUCUCGCUUCAAGGCAGCCCAAGAAAACCUCAACAAGCUGGUCGAAUUUGUAGGUUAUUGUUAUACCCUGGUACUCUGUAACAGGUUUUUUUUUUAAAUUUCAAGGAAAAUUAUUGGAAAAAAAUUGUGCAGAGUGUUAUUUUUGUCAAGUUUUAACAUGUCGGUCUUAUACUUUUACUUUUGUAGUAAAUGAAAUUAAACACAUUUUUUAAUGUUAAAAGAGAAAUACCUUUAUGCUAAGUCUGUACAUUUUCAUUAUUCUAGACUUUAGACAUAUAAGUUGCUUUAUUAAUAAUCCCCACAUUAUUUUUUCAUCCAGUUAUUAUCUGUGGAGCAGUCAGAGUCAGUUACCAGGUCUCAGCUAAAAACAUUUAACCAAACAUUGACUUCAGUAGAGGACCGCAUGGCAACAGUACGGACAAAUACAUCUGUUGAGAUUGAGAUGGUUUUGUCUGACUCGGAAGGAGUGCUGCAGACUGCUCAACAGUUAAAAAAUGAAGUACAAAAUAAAACAUUGUCAUCAUACAGUAAACUAG